CUUGCUUCUUCAAUCAAUAUUUAUAACUUCUUUCAAAAUAAUAAAUUAUAUUCCAAUAAUCAAAAUGGAGCUCGAUGACCUUUACGAUAUCAAUAUCAUUCGUAAAUCAACAAAAUUUGUGAUUGAUCAUUUGUUUGUUGAACCAGAUUACAAUUAUUUUAACAAUUCAACCCAAAAUGAAGAACAAGAAAAGUAUUGGAAGGAACUAUGUGAAAACUUUGAAAUCAAAACUGUUAGCAAAAAAACCAACAAGUUUAAUUUAACUCUUGAAAGAAGAAAGUUGAUAUUUUUAGUAUUCAGUUUUCACAAUAUUUCUUCUAAAAAUUAUUUUCGUUAUUUUGAUAAAGACUACAUUAGUAGUAAAGAAUUCGAAAGAGAUAUUUCACAAGUAAUUAAUAAGGGUUUUAAACUUGUUAUUAUUGAAAUGGAAAGAAAAAGAAAGCUAUAUAAAAAAGGAAAUAUCAAAUCAAUCAUAAACAUUGUAAGCAAUCUUUUUGGUGUAUCCUGGGGUACUAAGUUAUCCUUGCCUUUAAGAAUUUUAAAAGAAAAUAAAACUAGAGUUGGAUCACUUUCUACAAGGAGACUAUUCCAUAGGAAUUCAAGACAGUCUUUAAAUAUCCCUGUUCCUAAAGUCUUUGAAGACUAUUUCCAAGUUGUGCCACGAAUUAACGAAUUAAAUGUUUGCGAAAUCACUAAUAAUUACUUGGAUAGUUUAAUCUCUGAAUUACGGAUUGAUCGUUGUUCAUUAGAGAAAAUUGAAUAUUCUGGAAUCGGAAAGUCACGUUGGUCUGGUUAUAAUAAAUGCAUAGUUAUAAAUUAUAUUGAGCAAUACGUACUUAAUCCUACAUGUAAUUUAUUGGAUAUAAUGUUUUGUGAACUGAAGAAGCACAAAAUUACACUAGGUUUACAAGAAGGUGUGGAUCCAGAUGUAAUAUCGGAUAUCACCAUCAAAUUUCAUAAAAGCAAAUCUGAAGUCAUAAUAAUUCCUGUUGAAGUAAAGACUGGAGGAGUUUCUUCUGCAUAUGAAUCUAGAAAUAAAGAAAAUAAAAAAAGCUUCCACGAAAUUUUCAAUCAAAUUUCCUAUCAGAUGAUUACCAAUAAUUCUAAACUUGGUUUUAUUAUGGAUAUGGAAAGCAUUUUAAUUGUUCAAUUUGAAGAUAUUAGAAAUGUAUCACGAAAACAAUGUUUAAACGAUUAUCAGUUUCACUUAAAUUGUCGUAUGAGAUGUUUAAAAUAUCUUGAAUCAGAUUACAGCAUAAACCUUCUUUUAGUAUUAUUAUCAAAUCAAUGUUUUAUCAGAGUGCCUAAAACCCAACUUACACAUAUGAACGAAUUAUUUCAUACUUUAGAAAUGACUGAGCGAGAUAAACAAGAUAUUAAAGAAUGGCAAUUAUCCUUCAUGAGGAAAGAUUGGAAAUCUAAAUUUGGAAAUUAUGAUCUAAAUGAACAUGGAGAUUAUAUUCAUCGGGAUGAGAAAUCACUUAUUAUUCCGGCAAAGUGUUUUAAAUGUAUAGAAUUGAUUGAUUGGGUUAUACCAAGCCUUGAAGAGGACGACUUUAUAAUUGAUACACAAAAGUUGAGACCAGAUCCAACAGAGCUGCAAAUGAAAUAUUUUUCUCAAGUCUCAAAGGUUUAUUACAAAAAUAUAGAUGAUCCAAAUUAUAGGAGUAAUCCCAUGAUAUUGAAAGUGUAUAAUCCAAUUAUGGGAUUUCAAAGGGGUAUACUACCAAAAUAUGCAUUUUUAGAAUCUUAUGCUUCAUUACUCUGCAUGUUUUUAAAUGAAAUUCAAGUAUUCUUGGCUUUAAGGCAUACCGAUUCAAGUAAUAAUUCAAAUAAUAAUAUAAAUUACUUACCUUGCCUCUUUCAGUAUGGGAUGUGUGAAUUCUCUACAACUACUGAAUUCCAAGGUUUCUACUUAUUGGAAGAAUAUAUACAACCAACUCGUGAGUUGAGGGGGAAAGAAUUAUACGAUAAAGCUGAAAUUUCCCUUAUGUAUAUGCAUAAGCAUAAUAUUUUACAUGGGGAUAUACAUAAUGGUAACUUUAUCUAUAAUAAAGAGAAAGAUAGGGUUUUUUUCAUCGAUUUUGGAAUGCUGAAAUUGAUUAAGUCUAGAAAAUUCAAACCUUCUUAUGAAGCAACACUUAAAGAAAAGGAAAUGAAACAUUUAGCUAAAACUUGUGGAGUUUAUAAAAGGUAUCCCUGUAGAUAUAAACGACAAAGACAUAAAUAAUCAUAUAUUUUAUACAUAGAUUAAAUUAAAUUUUUGCAACAAUUAUGAAUUUUCCAUGCCCUCGGAAUUAUUGCGUUCGGUCUUGCAACUACCCUCGUAAAUGAUCAAUUUUGUACCAGACAAAAAAAUGACU